AUGUCAUCUUUAUGGGAUGUGUUUGAAGCACGUUCCAAGUCUCGAAAUAUGUCUAUCGGAAACUCGUUUGUUUAUGAAAGUCUUUAUGGUAUAAUUGCUUUUUUAAAACAGAAGAUGAAAUUGAAAGGUUGGAAACAUGAAACGCUUCAGGAUGAUGAAAUAGAACAGAGAAAGAAGAAACAAUAA